GAACUCGCCUCAACUAAGUUCUUCGCUUCAAUUCCACCCCGAACGCGGCAAUGCAAGUGCUAACAUGAUUUCUAAUGUUCAUACUACACCCCUUGGCGGAGCCCAACCAUCGUCCACUAUCAUUCAACAACAUUCACCAGGCGCAUAUAAUCUCGCAUCCUCCGAUGGCCACAGAACACCUCCACCAUCAUCAUCAUCCUCUUCCAUCAGCAGAGCUACUUCACCCAACGCUCCCUCGCCUUCAGACCCGAGUUUAUCCGAGACAAGCCCGAGCACCGAAGGGUCAUCGUCCCGUCAAGCCCGACGAAAGCGCUUCUUAUGCCUCGAGCCCAACUGUAAACGUCUAUUCACCUCUGAGUACACGAGGCGUGUACACAUGAUCGCGCACAACAGCAAACCCAAAAAAGCUCUCAUGUGCACGAUGCGAGAGGAGACCGGCUGCAAAGAGAUGUUCUCCCGAGCCCAUGAUCGACUCAGGCACGAAGUGGCAAUGCACGGGAAGGAAUGCGAAUGGGUCUGUCAGAAGUGUGGGCGCUUUUUCUCGUCAGAUCGGAUGCUGCGGAUACAUAAAUGUGUCGGGGGGGUGUCCGGCUGGCUGAAGAGCAGGUAUCCCGGUACUUUGACGCAAGAAAUAAAGAAACUGCAUCAUUAUGAAUGAUAUGAUUGAGCCUGCGGCCCUCGAUAUCUAUGCGUUUUCGAUUCAUGGAUCUCAACAGUAGACGACCUUUACCCCUUUCCCCUUCAUUCUGUAUCAUCUAGAACGCAACGAAUGUACUUAAAACCAUCCCGUAUCGCACUUCAAGAUAGUCGCCUCCUUUUUAGAGAGAAAAGUCCGCAUGCAGGACAUGGACUAAUAGAGUACUAGUAUCGUACUCCAUGUAUAACAGCAUAGCAUAUAUU